GGGAAAAUAUCAAUAAUGCUUUACGUAUUCGUAACAUAAAUCCAUUACACGGUUUUUAUCUGAAUGACAAUUCAAAAUUCCAACGUAUCACAACUAAUCAAUUUUAUGUUGAAGAUGAUGAAUGGGAAUUUGAAAAUAUUAUUAGUUCAGCAAUACCCAGUGUUCCUACCGAUGCGAAAAACCUUAUCAAUUAG